UGGGCAUGUAAAAAGGUAGUCAAUGAACCGAAGUUUAGUCCCACAAAACGGAAGAUGAGCCGUUUUUCUAAAACCGAUUGCGGAAGAAAGUCGGAAGUGACGCGAUCAUCUUCUCACGUUGAACCAUGCUUGAAUGGAGGUGACCUUAGUUUGUAUCGGUUUGUAAAAUAAAAGCGGUUUUGUGCAGGAAGCAGCGGGCCGGUUGGGUUCAGGUUCUGAACGUGUCGUCCGGAGCGAAGAGGGCGAGCAGAGAUGGCGGAGGCGCAUCAGGCACGUGUGCAGGCUGCGGUGGAAGAAAUGGUCCAAAGUCUGGAAAGGAACCACAUUCGGAAAAUGCAGGGUCGCAUGUUCCGGUGCAGCGCGGACUGCUGCGAUCUCUCCACAGACUCCAUGUCUCAGGUGCAUCAGUGCAUCGAGAGGUGUCACACUCCCAUGGCCAAAGCUCAGGGAUUGGUCACUUCCGAGCUGGAAAAGUUUCAGGACCGUCUGAGCAGAUGCACGAUGCACUGCAACGACAAAGGGAAGGAUCUUUUUGACUCAGGUGCCAAAGAGCCAGCUGUUCGCUCGCUGAUGGACCGCUGCGUGGGCAGCUGCGUGGACGACCAUGUUAACCUGAUCCCCAGCAUGACCCGACGGCUCAAAGAGAACUUGGACUCUAUACAGUAGUGAUUGGUGUCAGCCCCAGAGACAACGUGGGGUCAUUCACACAAACAGCAGCACGGAGUCGGUCGACUCUGUCAGUGAUGGCUGAAGAGCAGAGGACAGGAAGAGUGAAGAGUGAAGGUCGUGAUCAUGUAACUUAGGGUUUUGACAGGUUUUAGAAGCUGUGACCUUUUGAUGUUGUGAAGAUUCAAACUGCUCAGUGUGACAUUUAUUAUUGUUAUUUGCUCUGUGUAGUUGUUGAACAAUAAACCUGCCUGAACAACAA